AGCCCUAACUCUCUUUCAUUCUAUCUCUCUCUUAAAAGCAAAGCAUAUAUACAUAAGAAGGAAGGAAGGAAGGAAGGAAGUAAAAGUAUACAUCCAUGGCUUCAAAAACAGCCACGAAGGACAUCAUUACUCUUCGCGGAUCAGCUGCUAUUGUUAGCGAAUUCUUCGGUUAUGCUGCUAACAGCAUUCUUUACAAUCGAGCAAUUUAUCCUGAAGAAAGUUUCAGUAGAGUAAAAAAAUAUGGACUUCCAAUGUUGCUAACUCAAGAUGAGGGUGUUAAAACCUUCAUUUCCAAUUUAACUGCUCAGCUCUCUGAAUGGCUUGAAACUGGGAAGUUACAGAGGAUAGUUCUUGUGAUAAUGAGUAAGGCUACAAAUGAGGUGUUAGAAAGAUGGAACUUCAGCAUUGAAACAGAUGGAGAAGUUGUGGAAGAAGGUUUGAAAUCUGACAGUGUGUCUAGAGAAAAGAGUGAUAAAGAAAUAAUGAGAGAAAUACAAGCAAUUAUGAGGCAGAUAGCAUCUAGCAUCACUUACUUGCCUUGCCUAGAUGAACCCUGUGUGUUUGAUGUGUUAGCAUAUACUGAUAAAGAUGUUGCUGUCCCAUUCACUUGGGUUGAGAGUGAUCCUAAGCUGAUUGCUAAUCCUCAGAUGGUGAAAUUGCAUUCUUUUGACACCAAGAUACAUAAAGUCGACACUCUGGUAUCCUACAAGAACGAUGAUUCGGAUUGAAGGGGAAGGAAAGAAGGAAGGAUCUUCUGUUUUUUUUUUAUCUGAAUAUGAUGAUGAUGAUGAUGGUUGUUGUGAAUUCAAAACUUUUCUACUCAGAAUGGUUUGAUGUUCUUAAUAGUAUAAUUAAACAGGGUCCAAUCAUUUUUCUUUUGCAAUGGUAACCAUUAACUGGCCAGGGAAAGGUGGAGGGAUCAAAGAAGUUUGUUUUUUUCUAAAAAUAACCAUUGUUAUUAUUUAUUUAUUAUUUUUUAUAAAAUAAAAAAUGAAAAAGAAGUUGAUACCCAUGAUUAAUUUGCAUGUCGGGUUUAGAUUUGAAAGGAGAAAUCGAUAUAAUAAAAACAGAAGAAGGAAAGAAGAGGAUGGAUGUAUAUGAUACACCUGGGGUGACUUGGGCUGAUCAAUGGGGAGGGGAGGCGGCUGAGCCCCUCUCUUGUUCGACAACAAUAACAACAUCCUCUGAGAAAGAA